CAGGAGGGUAGGGAAGACUGAGUCUCUGAGUUUGCUUUCAGCUCAUUGAGGGGAAAAUCACUGUGCUUUAAGUUUUUUUUCCCCCUAUUAUCAUGGAUUCAAUACAGUGUCUCUGAGGAGAUUCAGCUCUGCAGAAAGAACACCUAGGGUCAUCGAGGUCACCAACCAGCAACAUGUGGUUUCUCUGGACAUCUGUGCUUUGUUUAUUUGGGUGCUUUGUAUGUAGCAAUGGGAGAAUCUUGCCUGGAACAGGUAAUCCAUGUCCGAGCUUACAGAAUGAAGGGUCAAACACAGGAGAAACAAACGCAAACAGAACAGGAUUCAACCUGAUUCGCAGAUUCUCCCUACAGAAAAUGAGCUCAGUGAAAAAGAUUAAGAACCCCAAAGGACCCAUUAUCAUGAGACUAGGAGGUGCUCGGCUGGUGGAGUCAACUUCACAGGUAUUCCCUCAUGGUUUUCCCGAUCAGUUUACUCUUGUGGUGACCUUGCUGCUAAAGAAACAGACAACAGAUGAAGAUUGGUAUCUAUUUCAAAUCAGUGAUCAGCUAGGAUACCCACAGAUCUCUAUAGGUGUCAAUGGUAAGGAUCGUACAGUGUCACUCCAAGCCAGAGGACAAGAUAAAGAAUAUGUAGGCAGCACUUUUACUGGACCGGGCUUGUACUCCCUGUUUGACAAUGGAUGGCACAAGAUUGUGCUUAGUGUUCAAGAAAAAAUGGCAUCUAUUCACAUUGACUGCAGCUUCAUCUCCUUCAAACCCAUCGAGCCAAGGGCCCCCCUGGCCAUGGAUGGACAUACCUUCAUCGGGUUAGACACAGUAAAUGGUUCCCCAGUACAUAUUGAUAUUCAGAAAUUCCUUUUAUACUGUGAUCCCCUAAUGGCAAUGCAGGAAGGAUGUUGUGAGAUCCUACCAGCUGGAUGCGGUCCAGAGGCUCCCAAAACUAGACGUAAUACAGAGGCUUCUGAGAACAUGCCGGACAGCAAUCUCAUUGAGUUAUCUUCUAAAUUCAAAACCCAGAGCUACACGCGAUGCUUCUGUCUAGAGGAUUCAUUGCAAAAGAAGGGCGAGAAGGUGAAUUCUGGGAUGCCAGUGGAGCUACCACCAGAGUGUGCAUCGUGUGCUUUCCAGCUCCCUGAAGCCAAUGUGACAGUGGGACCCCAAGGACCCAGGGGCUUGAAGGGAGAGAGAGGACAACCUGGGAGUUAUGGACUAAAAGGAGAGAAAGGAACAAGAGGUUCAGACUGUAUUCGAACAUCAGCAGAGGGACCCCUACAGUGUGCUGAGGGUGUGAAGGGAGAAAAAGGAGACCAAGGGCAACAGGGGCCAAGAGGAUUUGAGGGAUCGACAGGACCAGAAGGAGAGAAAGGACAGAAAGGUGAAAAGGGAGACAUUGGAUUGAAAGGAUUAUCUGGUGUGCCAGGAAGAGAUGGAAGGCCAGGGGAAAUCUGCGUAGUGGGACCUAAAGGUAUGAAGGGAGAAACUGGCAUUGUUGGUCCAGAGGGUCUUGCUGGUGAGCCAGGACCUCCAGGAAAGCCAGGUAUUCCAGGAGUCGGAACUCCAGGAAGGCCAGGAAACCCUGGUGGUCCACCUGGUCCUCCCGGAGAAAAGGGCCUCCCAGGAACUCCAGGAGUAGAUGGAUCUGUAGGAAAACCGGGGAAACCAGGCGUACCAGGAUUCAAAGGGAAUAAGGGGGAUCCAUGUGAGGUUUGUCCUUCGCUUUCUGGAGAUGGGAUGCAAGUGGUCACUUUUCCUGGCCCCAAGGGCAACAAAGGAGACACAGGACUACCAGGGAUUGGGGAGCCAGGAAAAACGGGAAUUCAAGGACCAAAAGGUGAUCAGGGAGAGAAAGGUCCAGGUGGGGUGAAAGGAGAAAGGGGCGAGUCCUGCACUUUUUGCGAGCCAUCCUUGGCUUCCAUUAGAAAGAUUCCAGGCGUACUGAAAGGAGAACCCGGGGAACCUGGAGUCGGACAGCCUGGACCUCAGGGAAUGCCAGGGGUGCCUGGAUUAUCCGGAGUAAGAGGAGAUAAGGGGGAUCGUGGAAUCGAAGGACCAGCUGGGACACCGGGCAUACCAGGAGAUCUAGGGAAACCAGGUCCUUCUGGAAUCAAAGGAGAGAAGGGGGAGCCCUGCACCUUGUGUCCAAGUCUUCCAGCUGAAGUAACAAAGCCUGAUACACUUAUUGCUGUGCCAGGGCCCCCAGGAGCAAAGGGGGAGCCAGGGGAACCAGGACUUGGAAUUCCAGGAAAAAAUGGCAAACAAGGGGAUCCUGGGAUGACAGGACAGAAGGGUGAUCCUGGCAACGAUGGUAAUCCUGGCAUCCCUGGAACAGCUGGUCAGCCAGGUUUACCUGGAGAACAAGGAUUGCAAGGGGUUCCUGGGUACAAGGGGGAGAAGGGAGAUGCUUGUGACUCAUGUCUAACAUCGGUAAAUGGAAAUACUGAUGUGAUUGGUGUUCCUGGGAAACCAGGUGCCAAGGGUGACCAAGGACUUCCAGGAGUGGGACAGCCAGGGAAACCGGGGAAACCUGGUUUGCCUGGAGUUCAGGGUCUUCAAGGAUUUAAAGGAGCACAAGGAGAUCCAGGUUCUCCAGGAGAGGGGAAGAGAGGUCCACAGGGUGAGACCGGAGAACCAGGUCUGCCAGGGAAAUCAGGAUCUCCAGGUUCUCAAGGACCACCUGGGAUGAUUGGCCUAAAAGGUGAAAAGGGAAACAUCGGACAAAAAGGAGCAAUUGGACCACCUGGAAACCCUGGAAUUGGUGUCAUGGGACCCCAGGGACGUGAUGGUUCACCAGGUAAACCAGGAAUACAAGGAUUAGAUGGCAAGACAGGUGGUUCAGGACCCAAAGGUGACAAGGGAGAAGCUGGAGUUUGUUCUUGCCCUCCUGGACCUUGGAUAGAUGGUGAUCUUUUUGGAAGAAUGGACGGUCAAGACAGGGACAAUGAGUUCUGGCCUUUUGGGAUGCAGGGACCCCCCGGACCACCAGGACCUCCUGGGCCUCCUGGAUUACCCGGUCAUCAGGGUUUGCCUGGAUUCAAAGGUAUGCCAGGACCACCUGGAGUGCCAGGAGAACUGGAACCCCUGGCUGCAGAAAGAAACAUUGAUAUCCUGAAGAAUAUUUGUGGGAACUGUGCCAGUGGGCCGAACCCAUCCCCCAUCGCCAUGAAAGGAGAGAAAGGAGAUCAAGGCCAUCCUGGAAUACCUGGACCAGAGGAUUGUGAGAGGUGCAAAUUUGAAAAGGAUGAAGCGGGAGAUGAACCAGAUCCUAGCUGUGAAGGUGGCACAGGGCACCCUGGCUUACCAGGAUAUCCUGGACAAAAAGGAGAAGAGGGUCCACCAGGUCCACGAGGCAUUCCUGGAUCUCCAGGGGCCAUUGGGCCCCCAGGUUUCCCAGGCUCUCCUGGCUCCCCCGGAUUAUCUGGCAUGCAGGGUGAACGAGGACUAGCUGGACCUCCUGGAGAUAAGGGAGAAUUGGGACCUCCUGGUCUUCCUGGUUACCCUGGUGCAAUGGGUCCCCCAGGACUUCCAGGCCUUAAAGGAGAAAGAGGAUACACUGGACCAUCAGGAGAGAAAGGAGAAUCGGGCCCACCUGGUAUUCCUGGUAUCCCUGGCCCUGCUGGCCCUUCGGGUCCAAGAGGGGAACGUGGACUCACAGGUAGUUCUGGAGAGAAAGGUGAUCAGGGAUUUCAAGGCUCCCCUGGUUUUCCUGGACCACCUGGGCCACCUGGAUUCCCAGGAAAGCAAGGAUCUGCAGGACCCCCUGGUCCAGCCGCUGAGAAGGGCUCAGAGGGACAACGUGGCUCUGCAGGACUGACAGGCCCACCUGGUCAACCAGGCCCUCCAGGAAUACAGGGUCCACCCGGUAUUGAAGGAUUAGAUGGGAAUGUUGGAAAGCCUGGUCUGAGGGGAGAACCAGGACCGCCAGGAAUUCCUGGACUAAAGGGCAUUCCGGGAUUUAAAGGAAAAACAGGACAUCCUGGUCUACCAGGAGCAAAGGGAGACUGUGGACCCCAAGGGCCCCAAGGAAGUGCUGGACGGCCAGGAGCAGAGGGGGAUCCAGGUCCUAUGGGACCACAAGGUCGACCUGGACCUCCAGGACAUUUGGGGCCUGCGGGAAGCACAGGACAGCCAGGUAGCCCUGGGCCACCAGGAUUGGGAGUGAAAGGUGAACGAGGUCCCCAUGGUGACCGUGGGCCUAUGGGACUUCCAGGUGAACCAGGAGCUCCAGGACAUCAAGGACCUGCUGGUGAAAUUGGAUCAGAUGGAGCUCCGGGUAAAGAUGGUUCCCCUGGACAGCCUGGAAUCCCUGGUACUCCAGGUAUGAAGGGUGAACCUGGAGCAACUGGUUCUUCAGGGCCACCAGGAGAGAGAGGAAGACCAGGACCACCAGGAGAUUCCUCAUUUUCCUCAAAAAACUCUCACAUGGAAAUAGUUGGGCCAAGAGGACCUAGUGGGGAAAGGGGAGCUUCAGGUCCACCUGGACCUCCAGGACCACCAGGAACUCCGGGAACCCCAGGAACAACGACUGAACACAUCAGUUAUGAUGAAAUUAAAAGGAUGAUACGGCAAGAGAUGAUCAAGAUCUUUGAUGAGAGGAUGGCUUACUACACUCGUAUGCAGACACCAGUCGAGAUGGUGUCUGCACCUGGAAGACCAGGCGCUCCUGGCAAAGAUGGAACUCCAGGACGACCAGGAUCACCUGGAGCACCAGGACAUCCAGGACAGAUUGGCCGUGAGGGGCGCCCGGGUGUGCCUGGAAUGAGAGGAGAACCUGGACCAAAGGGAGAGAGGGGUGUCAAUGGUAUUGGAAUGAUGGGUGAUGUUGGUCCACCUGGGACACCAGGAGCACAAGGUCCUCCUGGAUAUGGUAAAAUGGGCUUACCUGGGCCAAUGGGUCAACAAGGAAUACCAGGUAUCCCAGGACCUCCCGGAACAAGUGGUAAUCCAGGAAAAGAGGGAAGAUGUAACCCAGCAGACUGUUACAGUAUGAUGUCAGUGCAAGAUUAUCAACCCAAGCGUAUGAAGGGGCCAGGUCGAUAAGGUGCAACAAAAUCCCAUGUCUUUUCUAAUGGACCAUCUCCCAAUAGCUCUGACCAUCUUCCAUGCCAGAAUGAACAGCAGCUCAUUGUUCCAUAUACUGAUUUAUAUAUAUUGCUCCGUAUCGUGAUGCAGGAUUUUCUGACACAGAAGGGGGUACAAUUAAAUUAAUCCCACAUUGUAUUUGCACCCAAGACCUGUUUUAGUCAACAUUCUGCUUCCCUUCUUAUAUGUUUUCAUGUCUUCUUUCUAAACAUAUAUUAAUUUUUUUUGGACAUCUUCCUCUAUCUGGGCAUCGUAUUCCCUCGUUCAAAGGGUUUCAUCUGUUGAAGGUCAAAAAUAGAUUAACACUACAUUGCAAUGAGCCUCUUGACUGUAACAAAUGUACAAAUUUCUGGUGCAGUAUGUAAUAUCAGCAAUGUAAAAUAUUAUGGUAACAAAUAUCCUUGCACCAGAGAUGCAAUAACACAACAUCCUAUCUCUCUAACCUUAUGGUUUACUCUCAGUCAUCUCAGUUAUUUCUGUCCACUGGAUGACAAAUCAAUCUGUUAAUCUGACAUGGUUACCUCUUCCAAGAUUUAAUUGAGACCUGGUGACCCUUUGUUUACAACAUCAGUUCUCAUGUCAGGGCUUAUCAGAUAUUCACCUUGUAUAGUGUUGUUGAGUUCUUCUCUAAGCUCACAUAUGUUUAAAUGUGGUUAUAAUCAGAACUAAAAAUAUAUUUGAAUAUAUACAAAAUUAGUAAUAAAACAAUUACAAAAGAACAAAGAAGUCCAUCAACAUUUUAAAGUGUAAAAAUGAUGGGCUUCAAUACAAAACACACAGGAUGAGGUGAAGGUGCAUUUGCAUUUUCAGACACCUUGGGGAUUAUGAGUAUAUUUUGUAAUUCAGGGGUAAAGUAGAGCAAGCGGUAUAAAGAUUCCAAUGAUUUCCAUGGUGAUUUCGGAAUUUUACCCCAGAAUUACGCUUUUCAUUACUUAUGGUCAGUAAGGACCUAUCAUUUGAUAUAGAGGAUCUAAUUGUACACUUUAUUCACACUUACGGGCUGACUGAGGGGAUUAAGUGAUUUGUUUUGCUUUUAUACAAUUUCACCCUUUCCCCUUAAAGAAGAGAAGAAUGAACCACAACAAAUUUUACUAUAACAGUUACUAUUCAAGAGGAAACCUAGACCAAAGUGCUAAAUUAUUCAUUUAAUUUAUUAGCCUCUGUCCAGACGGUGUAAAUGUUUUGUCCAUACUGUUGUGCAUGAAUUGUAUAGGUUGGUGAAAUUAUCCUUAUCCUGUUAAUCCAAGACGAAUUCUCCAAGAUUGUAAAGUGGUGUCAUAGAUAGAGGGCAAUCUCUGAUUUACAAAGUUAACUACAUGUAAAAAUGUGAAAAGUCAAAACCAAUGCCUUGAACAAUGACCACUACCCAACACGUUACAUAUGAGAUAUUUUAAUGCACCUAUUGAGAACCUCAUAUCUAAAACAUAAGUUUUUAAGAUAGACAACGUGAAUGCAGUUUCACUUACACUUUGUACUCUGUUCAGAAUAUCUGUCUUUUUUUUUUCCUUCAACCACACAUCUACUUCUAGAUUCUUUAGUGUCUUGUGUCCUGUUUCCUUUGUUUCUUGCUGCGCUAAGAAAUUUAUAUUUAGUUUUCAUUUCUGUGGUCUUAACAAUUUCAUGAAAUUACAUUAAUAGGUGCUGUCUUGCAGGAAAUUGAUAAUGAAUGGCACACAUUGACUUUUUAUCUCCCUCUCCAAUUUUUUCAGUUAAACUUAAAGUUCAAAUUGUAACGGUAUCUCUUGAAAAUGAAUGUCAUUAGUCAUUAAAUGUUUUCUGUUUACAUUUGUAUGUCCAGUCAACAUCCUUUUAAAUGAAAAUGAAGAUUCUCCACAAACAUAGACUAAUUCAAUCCAAUUAUGCUGACUUCAUGUACUUUUCUGUGUAAGGUAUUGUGCCAUAAAGGAUAUGACUUUG